AUGGCGGAAGAACAGGAACAAUAUGUUGAGGAGGCUGCACUGGUGGAUGACGCAGAUAUGGGCGAGCCUCAGAUCCCAGCAAACGAGAUUGAAAACGGUGGCGGCAGUGGCGGUGUCGACCCCCCGGCUGACGGCGAGCCGAAGAGCGAAGGCGAUGAGCCUAAACCUCAGGAGCAGGCUCCUGAUGACGUUCGCGAGCAAGAACUUGCAACCGCAGAAGAUGAAAGGCAACGAAAUCAGGAGCACGAAGAACAGCAAGGAGCGGGAGAUUCAGAGGAUCCCAUGAGCCUGCCACCCCAUGGGACCGAGGUGUUCAUAUCAAAGGUGCCCCGGGAGGCUACAGACGCCCAGGUACGGGCGUUUUGUGAGAUGGCUGGCGAGGUGUUUGCCCUCCGCAUCCCCAAGGACCGUGAGAGCAACACCAACAAGGGAUACUGCUUUUGCGUUUUCAAAGCUCGCGAAUCUGCGGAGAAGGCCAUGACAAUCCUGGAGGGAAGGGAAGUCAAGGAGUUUCCUGGGCGCCGGGUUAACGUGGUGCCCUCCAUUGUGAAGAACAAGCUGUACAUUGGCCAGAUGCCCCGGGACAUUACUCGCGAGGAGCUGGAAGUCCUGCUCAAAGCGGAGGUGGUUGGCUUGGAGAAAAUCGAGCUAAUGAUGGACAAAGAAACCAAUCAGGCGCGGGGUUUCGGCUUCAUCGCAUUUUACAACAGCGCCGCAGCCACCCUGGCGCUCCGAAAGCUCAGCCGUCCCGAAUUCCGGCUGCGGGGCCACCAAGUGCAAGUCAUGUGGGCCGACCCCAAGCGUGACGAAAUCGGCACGGAGAAGGUCAAGUCUAUCUAUGUGGGAAACCUGCCGGAGCAGUACACAGAGAACGACCUUCGCGCCAUUUUCUCGCAGUACGGCACGGUCGAGCGAGUGACUCUGCUGUACAUGCCCGACGAUCCAACCAAGUUGCGGAACUACACAUUCAUCAACUACACUGAUCGUUCCUCCGCUCUCCGCGCCGUGAGCGAGGCAGAGAACAAGAAACAUAUCAUGACUGACAAGGAACUUAUCGUUCACAUGGCGAAGCCACAAGCUCAGCGCGAUGACGGCAUGGGCAUGGUUCGCGGCUACGGCCCCGGCGGCUACGGCUACCCACCACGGGGCUACGGACCGCCUGGGUAUGGAGGUGGUCGCGGUCCGGCCGGUCGUGGCGGUGGCCGAGGCGGUCACGGCGGCGGCCGUGGCUACGGCGGCGGCGGCCGCGGGUAUCAUCAGGGCGAUUAUGGAUAUGGGUACGAGGAGGGCUACGAUUAUGGAUAUGAGGAGGGCUAUGAGGAGGACUACGAUGGCUAUGGGUACGGCUACAGCUAUGGGGGCUACCCGGGCAUGCCCAUCAUGCCAGUCGUGGUACCAAGCGGCCAGUUUGGUUAUGUCAUGGGCGGUGGCACCGGUUACCAUGAAGGUGGAAGCUCCGGAAGCGGUGGACCAGUGCGUCGCGGCCGCGGUGCUCCGGCAGGCCCUGGGCCCCGUGAACGCAGCGCCGAAGGUCGCGCCGAGGGCCGCCCGGGUGUUGAGUAUGGUGGUGCAUCGGGCGCCGGCUAUGGAGGGGCUGCCUACGGUGCAAGCGCCGGCCGUGGCGCCGGCGGCGGCGGCGGUGGCUACGAUGAUCGAGGCUACGGGGAGAAAUACCCCGCUAGGGGCGAGUACGGUGGCGCCCGUCAAGUGUCUUACGACGCCGGGGCGGCUCACAGGGAUGUGGGGGGUUAUGGUGGAGGGGAACGUUACUACGGCGGUGGACAUCAGGGUGGUCGCGGUGGCGGGGCCCCUUCACGUGGAGGGUACGGGGGUGGUGAGCGGGCUGCCGCUGGCGGCAGCGGCAGCGGAGGGUACGGGGACCGGAGUGGCUAUGGGGACCGGAGUGGCUACGGGGAGCGCGGCUAUGGGAGCGGAGAGCGUGGCGGUGGUUCCUACACACCUGGGCAUUACGGCGGGGAACGCGGUGCGCCUGCUUAUGGAGGAGAACGUGUCAGUGCGGGAUAUGGCACAGAGCGAGGAGGGUACGGCAGCUCUGGAGCUCCACCGCCGUACAAUGCGCACCCGCCCAGCCGCGGGGCCCCUGUCGCAGGCGGCUCGGUGUAUUCGUCCGGGAGCGGAGCAGCCACGAGCCUCAUCCGCUACAUCGUCGGCCUGCUGUCCCUCAGACUCAGUUCGAUAUACCUUACACUCUACGCGUUACAGGUGUUACAGGUUACCAUGGCGGGUCUGGGGCCUACAUGGCUGCUAGCGGCGGCGGCGGCGGCGGUCGCCCGGGCAGCUAUCAAGGCGGGUCUGGCAGUUAUACGGGAGGUAGCGGGGGUAGCCGGCCGCCGGCGGGCCCUGCCGGCGGCAGCUACGGCGGCCGCGGUGCUGGCGGGGCUCCUUCCGGACCUCGCUAUGCUCCAUACUAGACAGCACGUUCUACCCGCUUUUACCUUUGGUGCUGAUUUGGUGGAGAUAUGA